AUGACUUAUUUUAAAUUCUCGUGGUUCAGAAAUUGUUGUAUCUGCAGUAACAUCUCUCGCUUAAAAGACUUCAAUCAACUUUGUUCUUCAUCCCUUAUAGCCAAUCUCGAUGGCCUAUUUGACCCCAUUUCUGGUGCUCCCUUGCCGGGCCACUUGUUUUCUGGACCAACUGUGUUACCUGUUGAAGGACUCGCUACGACAGUUUCAACUGCUACUGGUACGGGCAGUGGGCGCAAGGUGAAGAAUAAAUUGAAGAGCAAUGCUGCAGCGCUUGCCGCUGCUUCGGCCUAUGCCUCGUCCAAUAUUAUUUCAGGACCUGGGCAAAAUGGAGGUUCUGUUGGACACGGCAUUGCAUCAGGCCUCAGUGAUACGACGGGCCUCCCUGUCUGUAUUCCUUUUGCAGGUCAUACUAACCAACAUGCUCUACUCCUAGCACGAUUUCGAGGAUAUCACUUCUUUGAAAUUACCUAA